CACACGUGCGCCUGCUCGUCACCACUCCCAGCGCAUUCGACGUCUUCCUGCGCCGCGUCUCCGCGUUGACAGUUUUAACACCAAAAUUCAAUUACUCGGCAAACCCGUCGGCGGAGGCCAGGGGCGCCGUGGCUUAUUGCGAGUGGGGGGUGUGGGAGGUGUAAAAGUAAAAACACGAACGGUGUCCUUCGCUCCGCUACAGACGCCGUACGGGAGGAGUGGAGUGGAGGGGGGGGGGGCGGCUUCGUCCAGCAAGCAGUCGCCCGCGACACUUAGACAGGGAGUCGAACUUAGGUUGCCUGGCCCCGGGGGGGGUGGGGGGUGGGGGGCUGCUUUGUGUCGGGUCUCACUCCUCACUCCUGUCUCGCUCGCCUCGUCGCCACUCGGACUACGCCGGGUUCCUGCGAAAGGGCCCCGUUGUCGUUGAAGCGUUUUGCUUGUUUGAGUUGAGACUUUCUCAGACUGCGUCCUGAAGGAUUUCUAAUUUCGCGUGACGGCAACAGCAGCAGCAGCAGCAGCAACAUCAUCGUCAGCAGAAAGUUGCAGUCAAAGUUCCAGCAGCAGCAGUAUCAGCGGCAUCAUCAUCAGCAGCAAGCGAAAUACAAAAACAAAGUUCAGCAGCAGCAGCAGCGGCGGGAGUAGAAGCGGCAGCAACUGCUACCAAAACUCAAGCGACGAUCAUCAGCAGCAGGAACAGCGGCGGCAUUCUCGUCACUAACGGAAGCAAACACGCACCAGCAGCAGCAGGAGCAUUAAUAGAAACAGUUACUACUGCACCAUCAUCAUCAUCAGUCAAACAACUUCAGCAGUAAACACGCAACAGGCGCGAUAGCAGAAGCAUCCACGGGAACGAUACCAAACUUCCGCAACAGACGCAGCAACACAGCCGGCAGCGGAAGCAGCAUCGUCAUCAUCAUCAGCAACACUUGACGCAUCAUCAUCAGCAACAACAACAACUCUUGAAGCACCAUCGUCAGCAGCAGCAGUAGCACCAUCGUCAUCAGCAACAACAACACUUGACACAUCAUCAUCAGCAGCAGCAGCAGGAGGAACAGCAACAGCAGAAUCAUCAUCAGCAGCAGCAGCAGCAGGAGGAACAGCAACAGCAGAAUCAUCAUCAUCAUCAGCAGCAGGUAGAGGAACAGCUACAGCAGCAGCAUCAUCAUCAUCAGCAGGUGGAGGAACAGCAGCAUCAUCAGCAGCAGCAUCAUCAUCAUCAGCUGCAGCAGCGUCCUCCGCGAUGGCCGAGAAACGGCGUCUGGGUCCGGCGCUCAGCUCCCGCGCGCACGCCUUCUCAGUCGAGGCGCUCAUCGGGGUGAGCGCUCGCAAGCGCAGGAGGGACGGCGGCGGCAGCAACGAGAACGGAGAAGAGGACGACGAUGAGGAAGAGGAGGAGGAGGGCGAGGAGGAAGAGGAGGAAGGGGGGUACGAGGCGGAGGGGGACGAGGAAGAGGAGGAUGAGCGAGGGAAGAGCGCCGCGCUCGAGAAGACGCGCGGCGCCGCGGAGCGGGCGAGCGGCGGGGAGGAGCGGCAGAGAGCGGCCACAAGCCUCGACCUCCAGUCCACAUCGGGGUCCGAUCCCGUGAGCCCUCCCGUGGCCCCGGCUGACCGGGACGACUCCGUGGACACUGCCCGGGCUCCCGUGACCCCCGCCGCUCCUCCCACCGGCAUCGUCCCCGGCCUGGGACCUUCACAGGGGGCGCCGCCUCCUCCUCCUCCUCCUCCUUCCGAUCUGGCGGGUGUCCGCGUAGAGCUGCAGGGCUCCGAGCUGUGGCAGAGAUUUCACUCCAUCGGCACCGAGAUGAUCAUCACCAAGGCCGGACGGCGCAUGUUCCCCGCGAUUCGCGUGAAGGUGUCGGGGCUGAUGCCUCACCAGCACUACCACCUCGCCAUGGACAUCGUUCCCCUCGACAACAAGAGAUACAGGUACGUGUACCACAGCUCCAAGUGGAUCGUGGCUGGCAACGCCGACGCGGCACCCCCUCAUCGCCUCUACCUUCACCCGGACUCUCCGGCCUCGGGGGACACGUGGGCGCGCGGAGUGGUCAGCUUCGACCGAGCGAAACUCACCAACAACGAGCUGGAUGAGAGUGGACACAUCAUCCUCCACUCGAUGCACCGCUACCUCCCGCGCGUCCACGUGGUGCGCAAGGAGGCGGGCGGAGCGCACGCGGCGCCGUGCCCCACGGCGGACAACAGUCGCGCCUUCUCCUUCCCCGAGACGGUGUUCACCACCGUGACGGCCUACCAGAACCAGCAGAUCACGCGACUCAAGAUCGACCGCAACCCGUUCGCCAAAGGAUUCCGUGAGUCCGGACGGAAUCGCACGGGUCUCGAGGCGCUGAUGGACAGCUACACGCUGUGGCGACCCCCCGGGCGAGCGCUCUCCCUCGAGGAAGCGGCGGCGGGCGGGCGCCUCCACGCCACUCAAGCCAGCCUCCUGGAUGCCUCCCUCAUGGCCUCCGGCUUUGGAGCAGCACCACCACCGGGCCACCACCACCACCACCACAUGUUCUUGCCCACGAUGGGACCUGUGCACAUGGCUGGCUCUCCACACCCGCACGCCCACCACCACCACCAUCACCACGCCGCCGCCGCCGCGGCUGCCGCCGCCCAACAUCACCACCACCAGCAACAGCAGCAGCAACAGCAGCAGCAGCAUCAACAGCAGCAGCAACAGCAGCAGCAGCACCAAGCUCUGCUCGCCGCCCACCACCAUCACCACCACCACCACGCGCACCAGCACGGUCCAUCUCACGGCGAUCAGCAACCUCGUUUUUCCAGCCUGGCUUCUUGCUGCGCAGGAGGGGCAGGAGUAGGAGGAGGUGGCUCGGUCGGAGGGCAGACAGCAGCUGCAGCAGCUGCAGCAGCAGCAGGAGGAUGCACGGACAGUUUUGCGAGCGCGCUAGCCUUGCACGGGUCACGUGCCGGACUGCAGCACCUGGGGCUGCCCCGCUUGGGUCUUGCCUGCAGCAUCAGCCGCAAGGACGUGGCGCAGGCAGACGACGGCGCCCCCAUGUCGUCGUUCCAGCCGGCGCUGCCGUGUAUCAUGGCCCAGCAUGCAGCGCACGGGGCCGCCCUCAAAGACUUCUGCUCCUUCUUCCCUUGAACUCGUCAAGCAGAAUUAGCACACAGCCUCCUUCUCUGCACCACCCCCCCCACCACCACCACCGGCUACCAUCGCCCUAUGUCUCCUCUAGCCCCACACCUACCCCGCGCGUGAGACCCAUCGGCCGCACGCACGGCCUUCUGUUGGGGUGUGGGGUGCAUCUCAUCAUCAGCGUCGAUACGGGCAGAACUCUGAACCCCGGCGUCGACACUCAGUUGUCUCAUCAGCAGGAUGAUUAUUUCGUGUCGCGUGAAGCGGUUUUGUUUUAUUUUAUUUCUGUUGAAAACAAUUUGGGGUCGGAGUGUGGCUGCGAGCGAAAUGAAAUUGUAAUGAGUGUAAAGAUAAUUGCGAUUGUGUCACGUUUUGUGGACGCUGUUAGCUUUCAUUUUUUUCCUUCCACUGGCACAACCAAGCCCGGCACGGUUCGGGUGGGGCUAGGUUGUUUUUUUUCCCACUGCAAGAAGCCAAGCCACGCUGCUAAUGACGUCACGCGCAAUGAGCGAGUCGAGAUGCAUGUGGACGACGCGAGAGUGACGCCGUGUCCUCACGACGUACUGACAAUGAAAAGUAUUAACCCCGCCCCCUGGCCCUGCUCGGACCCGAGCUAGAUUCAGAUGUCUUCUUGUGAGGCCAGCGUAGCACGGGUUUGGUUCCGGCUCGCAAUCACCAACCGCCACCACCAACCAUGAGUCCCGCCCCCCGUGCUGGCUUGGCUCAGAUGUGCCAGUGGAAAAACCACCACCUGUACCGUGCUGGCCACGUACUGGCUCGGUUCAGAUGUGCCAGUGGAAAAGGGGUUGCUGUCAUACUUGCCAACGCCACCAAUUUACGCAGUAGGCUGCCGAUGGAAAAAAAUAUAUACACAUAUUUUUUAAACCGUAUACUGAUUUUCAACGCUAAUCAGACCAUUUCAUACAUUGUUUUAAAAACGAACGUCUACAAAAUUUUUGCUUUGAAAAUCGAUAUGCGGUAUAAGGGGCGAGUUUCAGGAUUUUAACAUUUCGGAUUUAAAUAAAAUAAUAUUGUAGGAUCAAAAACAUUUUUGUUCUUUUUUUUUACAUUUCCCCAAUGUGCGAAAAGUAAAAAAUACGCGUCUGCGCUCACGAUAGUGACCGCACCCUUGAGGCAGAGACCCACAGACUCACACGUGAGUGUUUGCCAAGCUAGUGACGUCACUUCCGUUUUUUUUGACAAAUCAAAAACAAGCAAAAAAACAAAACAGUUAUAAUGGCUCUAAAUUGCACUUAUGGGCCCGAUUUAAAAAUUUGUUUAUUUCGAACCGAUAUGAAAAUGUGGAGCACGUUUCUAGCAAGCGGUGAAAUGGGCCUCAAAUGUUUGGCAUCGGACUACUUGCGUCAUUGGAGGAGUUGACGAGUCGGGGACUCUUCGGCACAAAGACUCGCUCAGAAUUGACGAGCGACACGCGGCGUUGUCAAGUUACCAAACAUAUUGGGGAGGGGAGGUGGGGGAGGAGGGGGUGCUGGUUGACUGGUGUGGUUAUAGUUAGAGGGUUAGAGGUAAGGAUAGUUUCUAGUUGGCUAAUGUGAGUAGGGUUAGGGCUCGUGUCUUAUUGGCUAGUGUGGCUAGGGGUAGGGCUCGUGACUGAUUGGUUAGUGUGGUUAGGGGUAGGGCACGUGACUGAUGGGCGAGUGUGGUUAGGGGUAGGGCACGUGACUGAUGGGCGAGUGUGGUUAGGGGUAGGGCACGUGUCUGAUUGGUUAGUGUGGUUAGGGGUAGGGCACGUGACUGAUGGGCUAGUGUGGUUAGGGGUAGGGCACGUGACUGAUUGGCUAGUCUGGUUAGGGUCAGGGCUCGUGUCUGAUGGGCUAGUGUGGUUAGGGGUAGGGCACGUGACUGAUUGGUUAGUCUGGUUAGGGGUAGGGCACGUGACUGAUUGGUUAGUGUGGCUAGGGGUAGGGCACGUGACUGAUUGGUUAGUUUGCUCUGCCUCCUGUUCGCAAUGUGCCCCUCCCCCAAUACCAACGAUGCAGUUUUGAAUUUUCAUUCUCUCCACUUUGUGAGUGGCCAAUCACAGUGGCGCGAAUUCCACUCGCCCGCAACAAACACGUGUAAUUUGAAAAACAAAACCGAUAUUGAAAAAUAAUGAAGACACUUGUACAGGAAAGUAAAAUCCACAACAACAACAACAACGUCAUCGUCACCAAUGAUUGCCAGCGCAUGUGUAAAAAAAUGCUUUUGGAACUUUGUCUUUUUUUUAAAACGAACUUAUGCCACAUGGGGCGUGGGGAGAGAUCCGAUGCGAUCGGGCAGAGAUAAUUUUGCAUGAACCUGACCUGGAUAUCCCUCCAGGAGGUCACCGCUAGCAUCCUCACAGAGGCCCCAAGCUGUCGCGACCAUGGUUAGGCCUCAACCACAACACGACCAACAACGACACCAACAACAACGACACCAACAACAACGAUACCAACAACAACGAUACCAACAACAACGAUACCAACAACAACGACACCAACAACAACGAUACCAACAACAACGACACCAACAACAACGACACCAACAACAACGACACCAACAACAACGACACCAACAACAACGACACCAACAACAACGACACCAACAACAACGACACCAACAACAACGACACCAACAAAAACGACACCAACAACAACGAUACCAACAACAAGGACACCAACCGUCUUCUUCUCACGCUACGUUGAUCACGAGGGUGGGGCUUUGUAAAGAGUGGUGUUUUGUUGAUUUAGCCAGGUGUUUAACCAGGUGUUUAACCAGGUGUGUAACCAGGUGCUUAGCCAGGUAUUUAAAAAGGUGCUUAGCCAGAUCACUGCGGGUCGGUGGAGGUGCGGGGCUCAGGUGUCAGUACUUAGGACCCAUCCACGUUGAGUAGGGCUCGUGUCUGGUGUGCUAAGUGUUGAUACGUCAACUGAGUACGUAAACUGAGUACAGUAACUGAUACAUUAAGACCUAAAGCCAGACGGAUGAUGAUGAUGAUGAUGGAGACCUUGAAGCGUUAUGUGCUUGUCCGCGCAACAUUUUUACUGUCUGGCAUAGGGAAGGAAGCGAUGGGGAAUAGGUGAUGAUGGUAUCAAUCAAAGCAAUAUAUUGACAACAACAAUGGCUUCAACAACAUAAACAACAAUGACAAUCAACAACAAUAACGAUCAAUAACAAUGACAACUACAAUAGCGAUGAACAACAAUGACAAUCAACAACAAUAGAGAUAAACAACAAUGACAAUCAACAACAAUAGCGAUGAACAACAAUGACAAUCAACAACAAUAGCGAUGAACAACAAUGACAAUCAACAACAAUAACGACGAACAACAAUGACAAUCAACAACAAUAGCGAUGAACAACAAUGACAAUCAACAACAAUAACGACGAACAACAAUGACAAUCAACAACAAUAGAGAUAAACAACAAUGACAAUCAACAACAAUAGCGAUGAACAACAAUAACAAUCAACAACAAUAACGACGAACAACAAUGACAAUCAACAACAAUAGCGAAGAACAACAAUGACAAUCAACAACAAUAGCGAUGAACAACAAUGACAAUCAACAACAAUACCGACGAACAACAAUGACAAUCAACAACAAUAACGACGAACAACAAUGACAAUCAACAACAAUAGAGAUAAACAACAAUGACAAUCAACAACAAUAACGACAAACAACAAUGACGAUGAACAACAACAACAACAGUGAACAGGAGCAAUGACAUCACCAGCAUCAACAACGCACACUGAACUCGCUUGGAGCCGUACGAGAGUGGAGCGUCGUUUAAUUGUAACGAGUUUAUCGAUAUUAAUUAUUGUUUAGUUUUGCAAUUUCUGCGCCCCCCCCCCCCCCCAGCCACGUUCCCGUCCCGUCUUCCUCUCCACCUCCUGUUUCGUUUUUUUGUAUAUUUAAUGAUUUAAUCACAAUAAAUAACUGAACGUGGCUUUCA